AUGGCGGAGGAACCACCCAUUGAGCGUCGCGCCUCCAACUCGGACGAGGAGCGCGACGAGGGGCGCCUGGCACAAUUCGGAUACAAACAAGAACUACGGCGUGAUUGGGGCCUGGCUCACAACUUUGGCGUGUCCUUUUCCAUUAUCAGUGUUAUCACUGGAAUCACAACACUCUUCUCUUACGGACUCAACACCGGCGGUCCGGGUGUCAUGUCUGUGGGCUGGAUCAUAGUCUCUUUCUUCACCCUCAUGGUUGCCACUGCGAUGGCUGAGAUUGUGUCUGCCAUACCUACCAGUGGUGGCCCGUACUUCUGGGCUGCGCUGCUGGCCCCGCCGCGGUGGUCACCAUUCGCAGCUUGGCUGACAGGCUGGUUUAAUCUCCUCGGCCAGGUGGCCGUCACGACAGGAAUCUCAUUUGGUCUAGCCGGAUUGAUCGCCACUGUGGCUACCGUUCAGAAUCCGAGCUAUGAACCUUCGCCAGCCAAAACCAUCGGCAUCUACGCAGCUGUGCUCGUUUCACACGGCCUCGUCAACACUUUCGGCGUCCACGUGCUCAGAUAUCUUAACAACGUAUCUAUCUUCUUGCAUUCCGUCGGUGUCACGGUUCUGUGCAUUGCAGUACUUGCAAAAGCGCCGACCCAUAAGCCCGCAUCGUUCGUGUUCAGUACGUUCUAUGACGGUACUGGCGGCGACGGCCCUGGGUGGAGUAUCCGUGCUAGUCCGACCUAUGUUGCAAUUUGCGGUGCUCUGAUGAGCCAGUAG